CCUCCCCCCAGCUACAAACCACAAACCCUGGCGGCGCGCCCCCGUGAAGUAUCAGCUGAGACGGGUGGAAACGGCGGCCGACUAGACUGGUCGACAAAGCAACACUGCUCCGGGAAACACUGAAAAAUCCGACUGCUAUCCACUUAAACUGCAGGGAUGGCAGCCAUCCGUAAGAAGCUGGUCAUAGUGGGGGAUGGAGCUUGUGGAAAGACCUGCCUUUUGAUUGUCUUCAGCAAGGACCAGUUCCCUGAGGUCUAUGUCCCCACCGUGUUUGAGAACUACGUUGCUGACAUAGAGGUGGAUGGUAAACAGGUGGAGUUGGCUCUCUGGGACACUGCGGGGCAGGAGGACUACGACAGGCUGAGACCCCUCUCCUACCCAGACACCGAUGUCAUCCUCAUGUGCUUCUCCAUAGACAGUCCUGACAGCUUGGAAAACAUUCCAGAGAAGUGGACCCCAGAGGUCAAACACUUCUGUCCCAAUGUUCCUAUCAUCCUGGUAGGAAACAAGAAAGACCUACGCAAUGAUGAGCACACACGCCGAGAGCUGGCCAAGAUGAAGCAGGAGCCAGUGAAGUCAGAGGAAGGCCGGGACAUGGCAGGCCGGAUUGCAGCAUUUGGUUACAUGGAGUGCUCUGCUAAGACCAAGGACGGUGUGAGGGAGGUGUUCGAGAUGGCCACCAGGGCAGCACUGCAGGCUCGCCGUGGCAAGAAGAGCAAUAAAUGUGUGCUACUGUAAAAUGGCCAACACAGUUGGACAUAGUUUUCACCUGGAGUGUGGGAGGGAAGGAGGGAUGGAUCACUUGAUGGGGGUAGAUGGAGAAACGAGUGCAGUAAGUGACUGCAGCUGUAAAAAUCCCUUUGUUGGACUGAAUUUUGCCUAGGAUUUGCAAAGCUUUUAUGGAGAGGGACUGAUGGAUGGAGGAGGGAGCACAGUAAAUGUUGUUAACCAUUUGGCUCUUUACCCUGCAGGUUUACUAUCGAGUUGGGAAAUUACCACCAGCCGAACACUUGUACAUUGUGUCUUUUCAACAAGCCACAGACACUGAUAAAGAUAAUUAGGAGAUCCCAGUCCUUUCUAAAAUAAUUAAACAAAGAUCUAGUGGACUGGUAAACCUGAUACAUUUUCUGUGGAAUAAUGGGAUGUUCAAUUGACUGUUUUCAGUGUGGACAACAAAAAAACUUUCCUUGCUGGAUGGAUUGACAGCUGGAUUAGGGCAAACAGAGCACAGUUAAUGAGUAUCACUGUAAAUGGCCACCAGUGAACUAUUUAUUCCCAUGUGUUAAUACCUGGAAUUAGGGUGAUGAAGUAUAGUUUGUGGGCAUGACCGUGAUUGCAUAGACUGCAUACACCAAACCAUAUCAAAACUUAGUUUUCCUUCUGUUUUUUUUCAGUUUAACUGUUAUAUGUUCUAGUGACCAGGGCGGGUUAUUUGAGCAACCCCAAAGUUAAUCACCAUGCAUUUGUAUUUUGGAAAGGUUUGGCCUGAGAGGGUUGUUGGAUCCACAAUGUUGUGAUGUGCUGUCAGGUUUUGGGUCUUUUGUAGAUAAACUGCAGCUAGUUCAGUUUCAGUCGGCAGAAAAUAAGAAAAGUAAAACUUUUUCUGUGCAUCAUGUGUGUUGUAAUUCAAAGUGGCUCUGUAUUCCAGUUGCUGCGUUGCAUAUUAGGUAUCUUACCAUAAUAGUGUUGUAAAGGGCAGUGUACAGUUUACUUAACUUCCAUAGUAGCAGCAAUGUGAAGCCUUAAGUGUCGGGGCUGGACAUUGAAACUUGGUUUGUGUACUGAGCUGUCACCUGAAGGUUCUUUGACACUAAAAACAUUGUUUGCACUGAAUCAGUGGAAGUAGCAGGUAAAUUAUGGUCCUACUUGAUGACAAAGGUAGCUUCCCGCCCUGCAUAACAUCCUGAGCAAACAAACUGCCAUGGCUCAGCUCCCAUCUCUUGUUCCACAAAGCUGACUGCUGGUGCUCAUCUUCCCUCUGGUUUUAGAGGAGACUAUUGUUUACAUGCACACCACUGAUCUCUUUAUUUGGGAUGAACAACUUAAUUUUAUUUGUGUAGGCAUGUAUUAAAGUCAAAUGUACAGUUAAACAUAAAAGAACAGACACAAAUGUCAUAACCUUUUUAAUCCAGAAUACUGUUCAUGGAAAUGCCAGAACUGUCACGUUGGGCAUCCAGAUUGAUUUUGGGGUAAAACACGUUGGUAAUCACUAUCAACUUGCAGAAUUUACCAAUGUUUUUAAAUUUGUGGGUAUUUUUUUAAAGGUCUUUCCACACUAUUAAUAGUGUGGCCAGUCACAUUUGGGAUUCAUCAACCAGUGUUAUACCUUCCUUUUUUAUUUUUUUUAUUUCCUGCUUUUAAAAAAAUCAUAAAUCAAUCUUAUUAUUUAAAAUAGGUGGAAGACUGCUUGUGUCAUUGCUUUAGUUUAUUAUGUUAAUUUCUGAUUAUUUCGAAUGACCCAUUCAAUCAUCCCUUCCAAAUUCUGUUGUUGCAGUCAGGAGAAAGACUGGCCUCUCUGCUGCCUGUCUAGAGCAUUGCUAGGACAAUGUGCUGGCUCUUUUUAUGUUUGUUAGUUUUGAACACAAACUUGGCUGAAAAAACAAUUAAGUCUUAUGUGUAAAUCAUUUUUAAUUCUGCUUUUUAUUGUAUUUUUAAAUCCUAUUUUUGGAUACUGAAGCAGUGAUGUAUGCAAAGUCUGUAAAUAUGAAAUGUGGGUUUGUUCAUACUAGACCAUACACGCACAAGACUAGGAACUGUAUUUGUAAACUGGCUUUGGUUUGUGUAAUAAAUUACUUUCUAUAACACCCA